ACCAAGGAAAAGAGGGUGUGACUGCUUGUCCAGGUUAGGUGCUCAAAGGGAACAGGGACGGAGGGGGCAGUUUCAGUUUCUUAAGCCUAAAUCUCCUCGGUGGGGCCACCAAGCAUCCAUGAAGCCCACCCUGAACAAUUUACAGAGAGGGCCAGAAGGCUCCGUCUUGCUCCCGAAGCGUCAGAUUAAAAUUAUUUGGAAGAUGCCCAACUAAAAUCAUUACAAAGCUAGAACACCUACCUUUGGAGAAAAACUAAAGCGCUGGAGAUUGUUCAGUUGACAAGAACAAAAAGCCUUAAAUUAUAAGCGUGAAGAAGACAGGCAAAGGAAAUGCCUUCGAGCCCACUUCUCUGCCACGGCUGAGCAUGUGAUUCAGGACGGACAAAAGGAACUGUCUCUCUGCCCGUGCUUUUGAAGCGUCCUGCUGCGAGGUACAACGGGGAGAUUUGCUUUUUAUCCCAGAAUGCAGCUUCUGGGAGAGAAACCGCACAAGCGCCCCUCGCUAAACCCGUUGCUUUUCCUUCAGCCUUGGUACGAAUCCUAGGAAACGGCAGAAGCCAGAUUCUCUUCCCUCUGCUGCCUCCUGGCCAAAGACCACAUGAAAAGUCCAGGGUGAAGCAGCCCGUUUUCCUCCCCGCCAUCUGAAAAGCAGAGGGCAAGCCUGGACUUGCCACUUUUCCCACUGUCGGCCACUUCGGACAUGACCAGGAAGCUGAGGACCGGCCACACCUUGGCAGAUACCAACGGGACGGAGGGGAGGAGAACGUUCCCGCUGCCUUGGAAAUGAUGGGUCAGCUGACCAGCUGCUCUCCUAGUAGCCCAGGAAACAGGAGCCUCGUCUGAAGCGCAGCUACCCAGGCCAGCCACCCCACUGGCUGCCUCCAGAGGAACAGGUCUCAGAAGCCCCAGGGAUGCUUUGAAAGGGCAGAGGGGGGCUCGGCAGUCUUUUGGGGUAGGAAGAGGGCCACUUCUGGCAGACUCCUGCGCUAUGGCUCCGGGAAAGAAGCGUCUUGGGGGCCGGGUAGUCGCUCAGGCUCAGAGUCUUAGCUCGGAGACCUACCUGCCUAAACUCCUAGAGGGGCUCCAGAGCCUGCGUUCCCAGAAUGCCCUGUGUGACGUGGUGCUGGAAGCCGAGGGCGCCCCGUUCCCCGCGCACAAAGCCGUCCUGGCCGUGGCCAGCAGCUAUUGCAAGGUGCGUUUUGCCGGGGAGGCGGCGAGCCAGGUGACUCAGCUCAAGCUGGCGCCACCGGUCACCGCCCGGGGCCUGCAGGGUGUCUUGUCUUUUGUUUACUCCAACCGACUGGAACUAACCCUGCAGACGGUGGAGGAGGUCUUCAGGGCGGCAGAGGCACUGCUGGUGCGCGAGGUGAUGGGCCUCUCCUUCCAGUUUCUGGAAGGAGCCUUGGACCGGGACACCUGCCUUGCUGUCCUCCGCAUCACUCAAGGGCUUGGCCCCGAAGAAUUAAAACAGAAAGCGCGGCGCUGCGUGAGCAAGCACUGCUGCGAGAUCCUGAAGGAUCCUGCGCAGCUGAAGGAGCUGGACAAGACGACUCUGUGUGAACUCUUAGACAGAGGAGACACCAGUGGGCUCAGUGAACUGGAACUGUUUCAGGCAGCUGUAGGCUGGCUGGACCACGACAGCGCACGCUGGAAAGACGCAGCUGACGUUCUGCGGCCCAUCCGGUUUCCCUUUAUACCGCUCCCAGAUUUGCAGACGUUUGUCCAGGAAAUACCCAUCAUGAAGACCGAGCCUGCUUGCCGCCGGUACCUUCAAGAAGCUCUGGACUACCACAUCCAGCCAUACACGCAGCCAGUUCUCCAGAGCGAGCACACUCAGGUUCGCAACAGGAACGACAUGCUGAUCGUCCUGGGGGGCAGAUCGGCAGACAACGCCAUCUGCGGGGACGUGUGGGCUGCUGACCCGCACUGCCAUUUAUGGAAGACGAUCGGGAAGCUGAGCAGGCCCGUGUAUAAUCACUGCGUGGCCGUCCUCCGUGACUUUGUUUUCGUGAUGGGGGGCCAGGAAAGCUUUGACCCGACAGGCCAGCAUCCUUCAAACAAGGUGUUCAGGUUUGACCCUCGCCACAACACGUGGCUGCAGCUGGCGAGCCUGCUGGUCCGGAGGACCCGCUUCUUCGCAGGGGUGCUGAACGAGCGACUCGUGGCUGUGGGGGGUGGAGCGCUGCUGGGGACGCUGACCAACACAACAGAGGAGUACCUCCCGGCCAAGAACAAGUGGUGGCCCCUCACGCCCUUUCCGGUGCCAGUGGCCGACCACGCGGGGACGACCCACAGGGGCAUCUUGUACAUCUCAGGGGGCUUUGCUGAGGGCCAGACCUUGUGCACCAUGUACAGCUACCUCUCCCGCCUACGCUGCUGGAUCAGGAACCGGCCGAUGGCUUUUGCCCGCUGCGAUCAUGGCAUGGCAACAGUGGGAGACAGAAUCUUCUGCCUCGGAGGAAGGGCUCUGACAAACGCCCAGGAAUGGGUUCCUGUGAGUGAGGCGGAGUAUUACUGCCCUGCCACCGAUCGAUGGGCCCGGCUCCAUCUCUCGGCCAUCGACCUUUGCCACUUCAGCCUCACCACGACUCAGCUUCAGCUGUACGUCACGGGCGGAGGGACUCUGCGGCGGAGGAGUAAAGAGGACGGUGUCUGGGUCUGCCACCCCAGCAGGAGAACGUGGGAAAAGGUCGGUUGUUUGCCCCGGGCUCUGGCGGAUCACGCCUGCUGCUUCGUUCAUGUGCCACGCUGGAUUGCAAGCCCGCGAGAACCGCAGAGAGAGGGGCCUUCAGAUGACCCGCUCAGCGUGCUAGAGGAAAACUCUGACCCAAGGGUUUUUUCUGGGUGACCCUCGGGGAAAUGAACUGGCAACAGUUUUGCUCUGAGGCCCCAACCCUGGAGAAAUGCAGCAUUCACAGAACAAAACUGAGU